AUGGCGUCUGAUGAUAUUGAUAUUGAUACGAUGGAGCAAAUCCUGAUACGAUCGGAUGUAAAAGAUCUGGUGAGAUGGAAGGGCGUGUGUAAGUCAUGGUAUUCUUUCAUCUCCACUCCUUAUUUUACUGAUUCUCACUCAAAACAACAUGCUAAUUACAACAACAACAAUAAUGAUACUGAAAGGAUCGCUGGGAGCGAUUCCAGUCGUCUUAUAGAAAAUAGGUUGGUUGUGGUUGGUUCUGCCAAUGGUCUUGUAUGCGUCUCUCCCAAAGGUCUUCAACUUGUAGUUGUUAAUCCAUGUACUACACAGACCAUCAAAAUUCUUCAAACCCCACCCGAACCUCUUCCCGAGAGCGACCGUAGGUGGGAUUUGGUUUGGGGCUUCGGUUAUGAUCCAUCCAACAAUGACUUCAAGAUUUUACUAGGCCUUGUGAAGAAGAGACGAACCACACGUUUUUAUGUUCUUUCAUUGAAAACAUGUAUUUGGAAGUUUAUUCAAGAAGUCGACUAUGUAAAAAGUUGGAGCGAUAGUGUUUCCGGCAUCUUAUUUGAUGGCGCACUUCACUGGCUUAUGAUGAAUCAUGAAACUAAAGACCUGGCCAUUCUUUCUUUUAAUUUAUCUCGCGAGGAAUUUACAAAGCCUCGACUACUACCCGACGGCCAUUCUGCUAAACGUGACAGACAUACGUCGUACACGCUUGGGGUCAUGAAAGAAUCUCUACAUCUUUAUGAAUGUAAAUCUGGGUUGUCCACCAAGAUAUGGGUAUUGAGAAACCACAAGAUUAGUCGAAAACAAUCUUGGAUUAAAGUAGCAUUAAUUAGAAAGGAUUUUCUUGCCUUGCAUACUGACCCAAGUGUACCUAGGAUUGACAGUUCUGCAGCUCGAUAUUCUUCACCGUAUCCAGAAUAUCGUCUGUCAAGUCAUGCAACUGCUCUAAAAACAGAGGAACGAAGUCCCUUGAACUUGCAUGUAUUACCUGGUUCUUCUACUACUGCUCCAUAUACAGUAUAUUUAGUGAAGUCGGAUCUUCCACCAACCUAUGGAAACAUGGAGGAGAGGAGUCCCAACCCUUCACGCCAAUAA